AUGAGGAUCUUCACCAAUGUGCUGAAUUAUGGUAUGAUCUUCAUCAUGUAUCCUAAUGUGCACUCGAGCGUUACAGGACUUAAUUUUGAAUUUCCUGUAACACAAAACUCCAGUGCCAAAGGAAAUACUAAAAUUAACAGCCAUGUACUUUCUACCAGUAUCCCGAACAUUUCAAUAAGCAACCUUGAUGAACCAAUCAAUAUAUCCUUCAAUUUAAUAAACCAGAAUGCUAACAAACCACGAUGUGUUUACUGGGAUGAAAGCUCGGGAUUGGAUCCCCAUUGGUCACAAAACGGCUGCAAUGUGUCCAAUUAUGUACCUGGAAAAGAAGUAAUUUGUUCCUGUGACCGUCUUAAAAGUUUUGCCGUACUAAUGGAUGUCUACCAAAAUGAAGGAGAGAAAGAAAAUGCAAAUGACUUGUCUAUUUUAUCCAACGCUUGCUGUGGAAUAUCGUUCGUCUGUCUUGUUCUUACAAUAAUAAUUCAUGUUUGUUUCAGAAAUCCAUGGGAUUUAAUGAGUUCGAAGAUUUUAGUAAGCCUGUGCUCUUCUUUGGCUGUCACUAAUUUUAUCUUCCUUGUCGGGAUGCAAUCAUACGUACAAACAAUGGCUGGUUGUAAGGUAGUAGCUGGCUUUUUACACUACUUCCUCCUGACAUCUCUCGCGUGCAUGAGUGUUGAAGCUUUCCAUGUCUUCCUAAGUGUGGUCGUUGUAUUCAAAACAUGCGAGACGUCUUUUAUGAAGAAGAGUUCAAUUUUGGCUUGGGGUCUUCCAGCAGUCAUCGUUAUAAUUACCCUGGCAAUUAACAACACAGACAAUUACAUCAAAAUCGCAGAGGUCUGUUGGCUAUCAGAACCUUCCUUCUGUGUUGCUUUCCUGACUCCCGUGGUGAUAAUUCUCAUCUUCAACUUUAUCCUGAUAUCUCUCGUGACAUGGCGUCUCAUAUCACCGCAAAGAAACAAGAGGUUUGAUCGCAAAAGAAGUAUAGUACGUGUUCUGGGCCUGGUUGGUUUGCUGUUUUUGUUUGGACUCACAUGGGUCUUUGCAUUCUUCGCUGUUAGCGAAGCAGCAAAAGUGUUUGAGUACCUUUUUCUUGUAUUCAAUACCCUUCAAGGCAUGUUCAUCUUCGUAUUCUAUUGUUUAUACAAGAAAGAUACCAGAGAUGGCGUCAAGGAGUUUGUGAUUAAACGAAAGAGAGCGAAUCCCUGGAAAAUUACCACCGGCAAAAGUUCACGUUGUGGUUAUGAAACAGAGGACAUAGCAGCAGAAACAAACUUUUGAGUGAAAAUCGAAAAAGAACCUCCAAGAAUCGUCUUUGAUGAUAUUUUGUGCUACAAAAUAAUAUUUUCUCCACAUAUAAUAUAAAAUAUUUUUCUUUGUAACGACACUAUAAUUGUACCUUUCAAUACAACACUAUGCAUGCAAGAGACUGUAUAAUCCACCAUAAUGUAAUUUAAGCAAGUUUCAGGGCCUCACUAUGGCUUGAAACAGAAAA